UCGUUCUUCUUCAUCACUCCACCGCAAACACAACACUCUCCGUAUUCAUGGCGAUCUAUCCAUCUUCUGCGGCUUCGUACAAACCAGUUUGCCGAUUUUGGUCGAAGGGUUGCUGCAAGUAUGGCAGUAACUGUCGGUUUCUGCAUCCUGAUAAUCAAUCUCCAGUCGCCGUCAAGAAACUGGCUCCUCCAACUGCAAGUACUGCUGUGUUUAAGAAAACAGCGCCGACAUCAGCCGCAAUCAAGAAAAAGGUCGCCACAACAACAGCCGCGAUUAAGAAUGAAACUCCGACAAAGUCGGAGACAAUAAAAAUGGCUGCGGUUAAGAAAGUAGCGCCGACUCAAAAAGAAACUCCGACCAAGGCGGAGACAACAGAAACGGCAGCGAUUAAGAAAGACCUCAGCGUGGUGCUUCUCUCUCUCAAAAUCAUCUUGGAAAGGUUCCAUUUCUGCCUCCUGCUCAUUCAAACAUUUACAUGAAACAAAUAUAUAGAAAGCAGAAAUAAAACGCUGUUACAUAUUUGUUGUUCUUUAAAUCUAAUUUAGUUGCGUGGAAAUUGAACUAAUUAAACAAAACAAUAACAUGGGACUUGCUGGAUUCAGUAUAUUUGCAAUCAUAGACAGGAUAUCAGAAGAAACAUUUUAUGCUAAUAAUACUUCAGUUAAUUUAAUUUGCUUUAUCAGACAGCUAAAUAACUUUACCAGACAUAGUUCAGCAUAAUACUUAAAAAUUUCAUUGUUUUCAUCCUGAUUGCUAGGAAGUGUUCCACCACACCAACCAUUGCCUUCAUUAACAGACGUCCUUGAGAGGUAAGUUGAAAAGCAAGAAACCCAACUGAAUUUUAAAUACAAUGUAAAGCUACAGAAGCAACUUUAUGGGGUGGUGAAGAACCAAAGUUUAAGAGAAAGAAUACAAGGAAAUGGUUAGCAGAAAUGAAUGUCAUGAUUUGGAAUUGACAAUAUGUCCUCUAGUGUGUUUAUGUGGUACUAAAUGUGUAUGCCCAUGCACAGAUAUAGAUGCAUGCAGGAAGUAUCUGCUAGAUUGGCUGAGGCCAAUCUUAGAAUUUCCAGGCUGAAUCAUGCUAGGAAAAAUGAGCUAAAUUCCAGGCUCCACCUCAUCAUAAGCCUACUAAGGGCUAGCCCAACAAAUUGAGUGGAACAAUUAUAUGGUUCCACAAAACCAAAGAAAAGCAUGCCUAUUUAUCAUGCAACAGAACAAUGGCUUUCUGAGAAAAUACUUCUGGAAGAAAUCUUGUUCAUCUAUAUCACUGUAUGAAGAAGACCAGUUGAUCAAGCCACAAAAAUCAUCAACUUUGAUUGCACUAUUAUGCCCUCCAGUUGCUAUUUUGCAUGGAGUGACUUUGGGAUCAGAGCCACUUUCCUCCAACUUUCCCUGGCCAAAGAGCCAAUUGGGGCCUUUGAGCUGCAUUUCACUGUACCAGAUUAUCAAAGAUAAGAAAUGAGUAAUAUUUUC